AUGGGCGGUUCCGCGUUUUCAUCUGGAAGCAAUCCGCUUUUCACUCCACGGAUGUCUCCCAGGGUAUAUCAACAUAUUCUCAGUACAUGCCAUGCCAAGCUUCUGGAACUAUUUUUCGUUGUCGCCACUCCUAUCGAAGGCCCUGAAAAGAAGGACCACGGCGAUAUCGAUAUCUUCGUAGCGGUAGAAAAAUAUGCUGCAUUUCCGUCUUCUGGGAUUCACAGCACCUCACUCCCGCCAUCGACUCACGAGUCCCUCAAGGCUGCUGCAAUCCUUCUCGGCGCUGAAUAUUCCAUCGGGGAGCAACCAAACGCUGUUAACUUGGCUAUACCGUGGCCGAAUGACUUACCUCAGGAGGAAACCAGUGGCGAUGUGCCUCGCUAUAUCCAAGUCGACCUGCAUCUGUGCGACUCUGUAGAACACCUGCAAUGGAUGCUACUCAAGUAUGCCCAUGGUGACCUCUGGAAUAUUCUUGGAAGUACUAUCCGCCCGUAUGGCCUCACAAUUGACGAGGUCGGCUUAUACAUACGUAUCCCCGAAAUCGAGCAUUUAAACAAAAAGCAAUCUAAAGUCCUCCUUAGUAGCGAUCCCAUGGAGAUUCUUAGUUUUUUAGGCCUCAAGUACGAUAGUACCCAAUGGGAACGGCCAUUUGCGUCAAUGGAGGACCUUAUGGAGUAUGCGGCUACAUGCCGAUUGUUUUGGGUGCGGCCCGAACAAGAUGAUAGCGCGACGGAGGUCGACGGGGGUGACUUUGACAAGAGCAAGAUGAAGGCUAACGACCGCCGCCGUAUGAAAGGGCGUGCGGCCUUUCGAAAGUGGUAUGACGAGUUCAUUCCUGCAUGUCGCGAAGCAGGACGCUUCACCACGCCCAUUUCAACCCGGGACACAGUACGUGAGGAUGCCUUCGAACAGUUCCCCGGCACGCGACAUGUCUAUAAAAACCGACUCCUCGAGUGGCGCAAAGAGCAGCAGCGACAGACGCUUGGGCGGGAAGUUAUCAAGGCGUCAAUACCGGAGUGGAAAGAAGGUGAAGAGGAGCAUAACAGAAAACACCUGCGCAGCUUGGCGGCUAGCUCUCUAAAGAAAAUCAUCAUGCAAGAUGACUACAGUCUAGGCAUACAUCCGCCAUUACCGCUGCGCGACCCUGAUGGGUUUUAUAACGAGGAUCUAGUUAGGGAAUUCGUCGUAGAUAACUGGAGACGAGUUGGCGAAGCUGCUUGGGAGGAAAGCCAGAAAAGGUAUGCUGAGCGACUUGCAGAACAGGGAGAUAAGCGCACGUCUUAA